GGUGGCCGGGCGGGCAGAGCGGGCGGAGCCGCCCGCCGCCGAGCCGCGAGGAUGCUGCUGUCCCUGGUGCUCCACUCGUACUCGAUGCGCUACCUGCUGCCGGGCGUCGUGCUCCUGGGCACGGCGCCCACCUACGUGCUGGCCUGGGGGGUCUUGCGGCUGCUGUCCGCCUGCCUGCCCGCCCGCUUCUACCAGCGGAUGGACGACCGGCUCUACUGCGUCUACCAGAACAUGGUGCUCUUCUUCUUCGAGAACUACACCGGGGUGCAGAUAUUGCUAUAUGGAGAUUUGCCAAAAAAUAAAGAAAAUAUAAUAUAUUUAGCAAAUCAUCAAAGUACAGUUGACUGGAUUGUUACUGAUAUGUUGGCCAUCAGGCAGAAUGCUCUUGGACAUGUGCGUUAUGUGCUGAAAGAUGGGUUAAAAUGGCUUCCAUUGUAUGGGUUUUACUUAUCUCAGCAUGGAGGAAUCUAUGUAAAACGAAGUGCCAAGUUUAUUGAGAAAGAUAUGAGAAACAAGCUGCAGAGCUACGUGAAUGCAGGAACUCCAAUGUAUCUUGUGAUUUUUCCAGAGGGAACAAGAUAUAACCCAGAACGUACUGAAGUCCUUUUAGCUAGUCAAACGUUUGCUGCUCAGCAAGGUCUUCCAGUAUUAAAACAUGUGCUAACACCAAGAAUAAAGGCAACUCAUGUCGCUUUUGAUUCUAUGAAGGAUUACUUAGAUGCAAUUUAUGAUGUUACAGUGAUUUACGAGGGGAAACAUGAUAAAGGGCAGCGGAAAGCAGCACCGACCAUGACUGAGUUUCUCUGCAAAGAGUGUCCUAAAAUUCAUAUACACAUUGACCGUAUAGACAAAAAAGAUGUCCCGGAAGAAGAGGCAUAUAUGAGAAGAUGGCUCCAGGAACGUUUUGAGAUCAAAGAUAAGUUGCUUUUAGAAUUUUAUGAUUCACCAGAUCCUGAAAGAAGAGACAGAUUUCCUGGGAAAAGUGUUCAUUCCAAAUUAAGUCUCAAGAAGACUCUACCAUCAGUGUUGGUCCUGAGUGGUUUGACUGUUGGUAUGCUUAUGACCGAGGCUGGGAGGAAACUGUACGUAAACACAUGGAUAUAUGGAACCCUACUUGGCUGCUUAGUGGUUGUUAUUAAAGCCUAAAGAGAUAGCUGUCUCCUGUCAGUGGAACGUGCUACAGUGUGUAUUAUUGGUGGCUGCACAGUAUGUCAGAUUGUUUCCUGAGUUUAAUAAGAAGUGUAAAUAAAACCUACUUGACUGAACAUUGGAUAAAAUAGAAUUUGUGACUAAAGCCAAUAUGCAGUUGGUAUUGGGCAAACUGAUGGUGUUACAGCUUCAGCGCUAGAGCUGCUAGAAAGGUGGAGCUCUGUGGAGUCUGUGCUGUGCUUUACGUUUUCCAUGACUCGUGUCAACUUCAGAGGAUGAGUAGCAGUGUACGCUUGGCUAUUGCUGUGGAAUUCAGAUGGCUAUUUUUUCUGAACAUUAAUUUGCAGCCUUUCACCAUGUUGAUUGGUUAUUUUCAAUUUCUUACAACUUACCAUGCCAGCUCCAAACUCUUACCACUCAAGUAUUUCAUAUCUUACAGCUAUAUAAUAUCUGGCUUUUUGCUUGAUCUCUGCAAGUCAAUGAAAGGAAUUGUAUUUAAGUCUCGAGAUGUUUAAGGAAAGGGGCAGCCAUUGUUCAUGGGGGAAAAGCUCUGGUUAGUGCAUGUUUUUUACUGUAUUGCAUUGCUCUCUGGUUCUACUUUAUAUUUACAAAAUAAUCACCAUUUCUAGUAUUUAUUGAAAUUGCUUAAUUUGUAUACCUGGUACUCCACACAAAAGAGGAAUGUAUGGAACCUGAGGUGAAAUUUAAAUUAAAAUUGUGACACUAGUUCAUUAUAGCAGAACUUUAAAUUGCCCAGCUUUUUGAAAAUUUAAGCCAUGCUAUUUGUACUUUCCAACAUCUGUGCCACAAGUGCUUAAACACAUUAAGGUUUCCUGUUAUUUUUUAUAUCACAACAGUCAGUGUGAACCCUGGUUGGACUCUGAGUCCACAGACACCUGAGGUGGACAGGAGCCCGCACCCUCCCGGCUAGACUCACUAGCAUGUGCCUUUGCCUGUUUCUGUUUGACUUCAUAGAAUCUGUAGCCCAAAAGCGAGUUCUUUGUUACACGGCAGAUUUCCUCUUGUGCUCUAGUCCUUUUCCUGUGGAUUCCUGCCAAUGGUGCUGCUCAGUGACUGGAAGCGCAGAGCUAGCCGGCGUUGCCCUGGUACAAGCUGAACUCUUAAAGCUUGGGAGUGAGCUUCACUGGCUACCGCAAAGACACUUGGCAUUUCUCUCCGGUCAAGAAAUUCGCCUUUUCCACGCCAGUGACAUACAGCCUUAAUGAGCAAACCUGUUGUUGCCCAUUAGUUUUAACAGAGCUGCAGUUACAUGUAUCACCUGAGGACAAGUUUGGUGUUGCAGGAACCAAAUCAUAGUUUUCAGCCAUGAAGCAAUGUGUCCAUGGAAGAAGACCUUUCCUAUGUGUGAUCUGCUCUGUUUUUAUGUUAUAAUUGAAGCUUCGUUCCUCCUGGUCAUCUAAGAGAGCAUUCCUGCUCACUGCUAAUGGAUUUCUGUUACAAAAUGAUGCUGAUGGCCCAAAUGAAGCUCACCAACUGAAUCAUGUCAACAUUUUGAAAAAGGGAAAUGUCAUCAUGGCUUAGUACACUGCUUCUUCAGAAACAAAGAAUAAGCCUUUUAAAGCAACAGUUGAAGGGUCGAGAGGUGUGAAUUGGUUUCUGUGUUGUAUUGUUAUGCAUAUGCCUGUACUCGCUCAUAUAUAUGUAUUCCCAGGGAUAGAGUUGGCCUAAUUAUGAGUGGGGCAUGGAUGAGAUUCAUGAAAAGAGUUAUCAAUGCUGAAUCAUAAUUUUUGUUCUUUUCUGUAAAAUUUAGAUUAAUUCCAUGUCUUUGUUAAAUACAUUUUUAAAAAGAUUCCCAAAUUUAGACCUUGUUUCCUAAAGAUUAUAAGAAAUAUAAGUUUUGGAACUUCUGAGUAUCAUGGAUAUGCUCUAAAUUUUAAGAGACAGAACCACUGGAAUUAUGUGGACUAUAACUGAUGGCCUGUGUAAGAUCACUUGAAUUCCAUGUUUCUUAGGAUUGUACUUACGGUCUUCUCACAAAAGGUCUAUAAAGUAUGAUAGCUGAAAAAAUUAUAUCAAAAUGGAAAAUUAGCAGCUUUCCUUUAAUGUGUGUUGAUUUUGACUUGAAUUAAUUUUCUAAAAUUAAGAGCCGGAUGCCUAUCUGUAAUUUUUUUCAUAAUACCAUUUAAGCUUAUUGCUAUUGAUUUACAGCUUAGUAAUUGCUUAGUUUUUCUUUAUAAAAAUGCCAUCAAUGUGCAUGCUUUUAUGUUGCCCAGAAAGGGUUGUGUUUGGAUGGAAGUAAAAAAAGAAAUAAAAUCCUCCACUGUCUGA